AUGCCGGGCCCAGCUCCCACUCCGUACUACAACGGUCCCAUUACCCCAACCGACUGUCUAUUCAUCACGUUCCUCUACGCCAUCCGCCAUGCCGCCACCACCGGCGUGAAAUUGUGCGCCCGUUGCGAAGUCCUAGUGAUCCGGCGGUUUCACUUCGAGUACCGCAAAAUCCGACCGGAUUUGCACAUUACCCCGGAGCAAGCGGCUAAGGAGAGGUUCUCCGUCGGCGAGUACACCCGCGGGUACGGCACCAUGCACCAGGAGCUUUUGCCCAUGGCAAAGGCCAGAAAUCUGACCGUCAACCAGUAUCUUCUCUACCACUUCUGGCUGCCCGUUCUCCGACCCACCAUCUACUAUCUCGAUUCGGCGGGCGUGCAGCGCGCAGAACGUGGACCCCCGAAUGAGAACCGCAGGUCCGCUGUCGAUGUGGGGCUCUCUGACUGCUGGGUCAAGGUCUGGAUGGCUUGCCACGGCCGGUACACUAUCCAGGACCUCCGCCGCGGCCGGCCCUAUGCCGAUCCUUUCCGGGGCGACCUCUACCCGGACAAAGAGUGGUUCGUACCGUCCUCGUUUGAGAAGCUCUACCAUAACUGGAUGUCACUCCUGAGAUUGCCGAGUCUGGUCCAGAACUGCACCUGCCCAGACCGAGUGUUCGUGACGGGGGAUCCGCCGCUGCCAUGGACGCCGGGGGAGAGGAACCAGAAUUUUAGCGACAACCGUACCUCCUUCCGGACAUUCCUAGACAAAUACACGGACAAUCAGAUCUUGGAUGUUUACAAGAAAUUUUGCGCUCCGUAUCUGGAGCGAGGCGCGCACAGAAUCGACCAAAUCAAGCCAAUGACCAUGUUAUGGAGGGAGCAACACCCCGGGUUCCUGUCAGGUCUUUAUGACUUGGAGGCCGGGGUGGGGGCCAUCCAGGCUGCAUCUAACGUGCAGGGCCCGAGGCCCCAGGCAGUCCAGAACAACCCAGGAGGCCAGGUAAAUCAAGGCGCUCUACAGCAACAGAACAACACUCCCCAGGCUGAGCCGAGCUAUACUCUCGCCGAGAUAGAGGCUGCUAAUUCACUGAUGUUGAUGAGUCAACGGUGGAAUAACGGCACUGGCGAUGCUGAGGGCCAGGAGUAG